AUGCUGCGCGCACUGAGCGGCCUGGGCGCCCGGCCCCCGUGCCGGCCCGCGGCCCCGCUCUUAAUCCCCACGCGAAGCCGCAAGAGCCGCCAUGACCCGCAGGCCAAGUCCAAGGUGGGGCGCCUGGUGACCCCGCAGUCGGUGGAUCCCGUGGAGUUCUACAUCCUGAGCGAGCGUUACCGGGAGUAUCGCCGCACCGUGCGCGCCCUCAGGGUGGAGUUCGUGGCCGAGGUGCGGAGGAAGAUGCUCGAGGCCCGAGUUGGGGUCGCGGCGGAACGCAAAGCCCAGGAGAAGGCCGCCGAGCACCAGGCGCUGAUGACCUUCAACCGGGAGGAAAACCAGCGUCUGCACGAGCUGCGGAUUGCGAGGCUGCAGCAGGAGGCGCGGGACGAGGAGCUGCGGCGCGCGGAGGAGCAGGCCCGCCAGGCCCGUGAGGCAGAGGCCUGGGUCCAGCUCAAGCAGCAGGAGAUUCUGCAGCUGCAGGAGGAGGCAAAAAACUUUAUCACCCGAGAGAACCUGGAGGCGCGGGUGGAAGAAGCUUUGAACUCUCCAAAGAACUACAACUGGGCUGUCACCAAGGAGGGACAUGUGGUCAGACCCCAGCACAAGGGCUAG